AUGGAGGCCCAGAGGAGCCACGUAACCAUCUUGUUGGCUGAAUGUUUGAUUCUGCUGGGAUUAUUAAGUAGUGUUGUAUCAGCUGAAUGGCAAGGAGAUCUGUCAUCUUAUCACAUUGCUUCAUUCAGUAAUCCUCAUCCUCCUAGACCUCUCAAUGAUCCAUCUGGGCCUAAUGUUGCUGGUUUUGGAGAGUUGUCUACUGUGAGUUUGAUUGCACCAGGAACUGAUGGACCAAUGGGAGAUGGUCCAGAUGGAGGAGACUGGUUGUAUGUAGCUGUGACUUAUUCUGCUGAGGUUGGGUAUAGAGCAAUCCCACCAAUAUCAAGGCGAAUUCUUAGUGAAGGAUCUUUAUUGGCAGCACUUGAUGGUAACACAUUUUCAUCAGUUGUUCCCUUUUCUACACCGAUACAAAUAUCGUAUAGAUCUGCUUUUUCGUUUGGCGGCUUCACAUACUUCAUCACUUCUCAAAAGGAGGAUUUUGGUUCAAAUUUCUUUGUUUCUAAAAUGAACAGAGUAUGCCAGACUAGUGAAUAUUUGGAUUCUUACACAGAAAUCACCCUACAAUGCCAAGGAUCAGAUGGUAGUGUGUACAGUUUGGUACAAGCUGCUCAUAUUGGCCCAGCAGGUCAGGAUCUUGCUGUAUCAUUAGGUUUGAAUGCUGAGGACAUGGUGUUGUAUGCUGUGCUUGCUAAGAAUGAAGGAGCUGAUGGGACUAGUGAUGUACCUAUUGAUCAGUCAGCAUUGUGUGUGUAUAAGAUGAGUGAUAUUUUAGAUGCAUUCAAGGAAGCAGUCAGGGGAUGUAUUCAAGAUGGAGAUGACUACUCAGUGCAGUACUUGCAAGGAUCCAUCUGUCCAGCAUUACCAGUGAGUAUAACGAUCCUGUAA